UACGGAUAUUCUAAUAUUAUUCAAGGUGUUUCUGCUUUUAGUUUUCAGCAAAGACUGGUUACCUGUCAAUCGAAAAAAACAGUAGAAGUCUGCGGCGGUAAAUAUUGAAACUGAUAUAAAAAAGUUCUACAAUGAAAAUGGAAAAAGGAAAAGGGGUGUUUGAAAAUAUAAAAUGAAAAUGUAACCCUAUGUGAUGGCAGCUAACUCUUUGUUUUCCUGCUUUAGAGGGAAAAAAUUCUCAUACACUCCUCAAUUAAAGAACCUACCAAGAAAUCCUGUUAACUUGUUGAGAGUUAACAGUAUGGACAAACCCCCAGCACCAAAGAAAAGAAAGGUUGAAGAAGAAGAUGAACUAUGGGGUGAUGAUGAUGAUGACUUUGAACUCACUCAGAAAGACUUGGAAAACCUAGACACUGAAGUAAUUGCUUCUCAGUCAGUAACAAAUGGGAGCACAUAUAGAAACAACUCAGCUGAUCCAGGACCAUCUGGGGCAGCACGACCUAAAUUAUCACUAUCCAAAUCUGGAUCAGACAGGUCUUCCAUGUCCUCGGGACAUUAUCAGCAUUCCUUUACAAAGCCUCAUCCUGUCAACAGCUCUUCUUCUUCAGAAUCUCUUAACCCAGCAUCAACAUCUACUAGUAGAAAUAACAGUUCAUGUAGUUCCGAGGAGAUACCAUUUGCACCACAAAGUAGACGUACUUCUUCGUCACAUUCCCUCGAUGCCAAUGAUCAGUCCCUCACUACAAUGUAUCUAAAGAAUCCUAUUGUUGAAGCUGAAAUGGACAAACUGAAACAAGAAUGUCAGCGCCUUCAAAGAGAGCUUGAAAGUGCAAAAGAUGACAGAUAUUCCAAUGAUGGAAGACUAAAGAUCUUACAACAAAACCUCUCCAGCAAAGAUGCAGAGUUGGGAAUCAUACGACAAGAAAGAGCUAAAUAUAUAGAACAACAGAAAAGAGAACAAACUGAGAAGGAGAAAAACUUACAGACUGAAGUAGACAAGCUGACUACACAGUUACAGUUCAAAGACAAGGAACUGGAUAAUUUCAGGGACAGAUGUAGAACAUUAGAAUCAGCUUCUGCUGCAGGACCCAGUGUCAGUCCUGUUCGUAGUCCUCGAGUUUCAAGUCCACUUGUUAAAAAGCAUAAAACAGAAGACAAUUCACCCAAAGGAAGGUCAUCAUUUCCUACAUCACAAAGUUUUAUGGCGGAAAAUUAUAUGACACAACCAUCAACAAGUCGAGCUGGUUACAAACCAGUAGAAACCAGAGAUGAAGGUACCAUGGCAACAGAGCAGCCAAUUGUUGCAGAAUCUUCAACUCCUAGAAAUUUUAGGCUGAAAUUAAGAUGCCCCAGAGGUGAUGUUCCAGGUGUAGAACUGCUGGCAGAUUUAUUAGAUUCUGAUCUAGGUACAGAAAAGUCAGGAGAAGAGAAAGGAAUUGUAGGACUUUUACAAAAAAGGACUUCAGUAGUAGAUUUACAAUUUUUACAGUUUGACAGAGACAGCAGUAAUUUAUUAUCACCAGUACAUAAUAAAAGAGUACUGGAUUUAAAACAUCAGCCUUCUUCAAUUGUGUCUCCUGAAAAACCUGUCAAAAAAGCUAUUAUCUCCCCUGACAGUUACUCUUCAGCAAUUCAUGGCAUGAAAUGUCUACUACGUAAUCAACAAACUUUCCAAAGUAGAUCAGAGACAAAUAUUGUUUUAACAGAAAAUACAUUAAAUGGUGCUAUAUUAAUUUUACCUAUGAUUGACGAUUAUUUAACUCAGUAUAUUGAAAUGUUGAGAAUUAAUUUAGAUGCUAGAACAUGUGUCAGUCCUCGUAGCUCCUUUACGUCAUCAGGAUCGUCUAAAUCAAGUUUUGACAGUUCCAUACAAUCUUUGACUGGAUCAUUAGAUAUGCUAUUAAAGGAUAGUGCUGAUUUUGCAAAUAAUUUAGAAAAUAUGGCUUUAGUGACAUUACAAGUUUUACAUAAAUUGGUGUCAUUUUCUGCUGUUAUACGGAACAUUUUAUUGAAUGUGGAAAAAGGACCGCAACCUAUGGAAUCUACUGAUGAGGGUGAGCAACCAAUGGAAACAGAUAGAAGUAGUCCUGAAUCAUCUCUAGAUUCUGACUGGUCAAUAUCUUCUGAGAAAUUUUCAAAUCUCCAGGUUUUAAAGAAAGUAAUAAAGAUAGCUGAUUGUGGUCAAAAGGAGAGGUGGUAUAACAGUUUGGUUGUACAGAAAUGUUUUGACAUCUUGAUUGUAUUAGGAACGAACAGUACAGAAGAAAAACUUAGGAGUUUACAGCCUGAAAAUAUUGGAAGAGUUUUGAUAAACGCUUUAGACUGCAGGACAGAUAAACAAAUGGUGCUAUGUGCUCUCCACCUCAUCUCUACACUGGUCCAGUAUAACAAAGUGGUAUCAUCUUUAUGUAUUUGUACAGAAGGUUGUGUAUUACUGAACAUGUAUCAGGCUUGUACAGAUUUGAUAUUAACAGAAACAGAUGAAAGUAUGCUUGUUAUAGGUAAACUGGUGUUAGAAAUAUUACUAUCAAUUCAGAAUGUACACAAAGGAGGAAUUGUGUUACUGUGUGAAGCUGGCUGUAAUUGUAGCAUAAAGGUUGUGCAGACAGUAGUUCUACUGGUACACAAAUUGCUGAACAUUUAUGAGAACUCUCAGAACCAGUCUAUCUUAGAUGACAUCAUCAAAGGGUUACAGUUAUUACAUAUAAUGUCACAAAAACAAAACAAUUUUGCUGAAAAUCACUUUCAUGUGGAACAUCAAUACGUUCAAUUUGUGUGUGGUCUGCUUAAAGUCCUUAAAGAUUUUCCUGGGAAUUAUGAAUCUGAAAUUAUUGCAAUUGGUGAUUUAUGGGAUUUUAAUCAAGAUGAUUCAGAGUUAAUUCAAGAAAGUGAUGACGAACCAAGCUGAUACCAUUUUUAUGUUCAUUAAUGUACUAAUAUGUUUAACAAGAUUCUUAUCUGUUAUUUAAGCUACAUUUUAUAAUAAUUUAUCAAAAUAUAGACCUGUUGAUAAUACUCAUUGUCAAAGUCUCCAAAUAUCUUAUCUUAUAAGAAUAGGUUUCUGAUCAUGAGUGAAAUUUAUGCACCCAAUGUAACAAUAAUAAUAUUAUUUUUUAGUUCUGAAUUUUCCUGCAAAUAAAUCUGCAGCUCUUUACUUGUAUUCAUAACAAGAAUUUAAUGUAAAGAAAAUUGUAAUUUAAAACCUUCAGUGAAAUUUGGUUACGAUAAUUCAAUAAUUUAUAAUUAUGAUUUUGUUAAUCAACAAACAAUAUUGCAAGAUUUCUUUACUGUGAUGCAUAAAACACAUAAAAAUAAUAAGGUGAUGAAAGUUAAAUUUUAUGAUAAAAUGUGAGGUUUAUUAAAAAAAACAUAUCCUGUUGCAUUAUUGGUAAUUAUUAUAAUAUGGAUUUUUUUUCUGAAUUUAUAGUCAGUUGUAGAUACUUGAUAAUUGUACCAUUAGUCAUGGUACUAUCAUAGUAUUUAUUUAUUGAUAAGUAUAAUUAACAUUAUUGGUCUGACAUUUUAUAUUUGUUAAUUGUUGCUAUUUAAGUUGUUUUCUUGUUAGUUAAAAGAUGUUGAUAAAUUCUGUAAUGUGUAA